AUGUCUCUCCAAUAUUCCCACUAUCAGCCAACUACCCCUCCUGGAUUGCCAACUGGGGAGUUCAGUCAGACCAGUCAUAGUCGCAAUACGUCCGACUCCUCGUCAUAUUCCAAUCACUCGUCGCCGUGGUCUGCGGUGACCUCCGCAACCAGCCUGAGUGAUGACUCGCCCCCUCGGCAUCACCAUGGGCCUACGUUACUUCCCAAGAUCAGGUCACAGGAUGUGGUGACUGAACCACCCUCCGUUAGUGGCCCACAGCGUCAACGUCGCGUCUUGUCGAAUACGCGCAACCCGCCAGGCUUUUUGCCAUAUCCUCUAAGCCGCCCUUCGGCUCAGCGCAAUACUGGGGACUCUACGGAUUGCUUCCCACUGGUAUCUCCCGUAUCACCCAUGUAUAGCUCUCACAAUUGCUCGACCUUGUCCUCACCUGUGAGCAUAACGCCGUCGCACAAGCGCAAAACCGCUAAUGCGCAUUCCCGGUCAGGGUCUUGCUCCGGAGUCGAUGAGGUAACUUUGAAUCGAUACGGCUAUCCUACCUAUCGACAGCUUCCCAAAUACUCUCCCGCCACGCCGGCCACGCCGAUCACGCCUAAUAUUAUCGUCUAUCCACCUUACUCGCCUUGUUCACCAAUUGUUCCUUCGCAACCUAGAUGUUCCCCCGUCGGACUUGUCCAACUUGGCGAUGGAUAUAGCCCUCAAUCCACCACUCUGCUUUCUUAUUUGACUGCCCCAACACAAGCCAUCAACCUAGUGCGUAAUGUGAGCGUGAUUCCAACACGAGGAAUGCACGACUAUUUCUGGUGGGAUGUCCGCAAUCUGCGUAGCUGGACCUCUUUCUCGUUAUCUACCUUCCAUUCGAUUAACGGCCUUACCAAGCUUUUGAAGACGGCUAUCCCUUCACAUCUGACCCCGCCCACCGCGGUGCCAAGUUCUCGUCUUGCGCCUGACUCUGAGGCGGCAUUAAUGCAUCUCAUCCAUGAUAUCUAUGCUCCUCGCGUGAACGCUGCUCUGGCGGUAUCCCAAGGGACCGAGCAUUUGUCUCUCUAUACGGCCCCUAUACCGCGCAUGUUGACUAACAGAAACUACGGAGGACCGCAUUUCCUAGCCAAUUAUGCGUCAGAUACAGAAAAAACUAGUUCCGGGAUACCCCGUGGUCGGCUGGUUGGGGUUGUCAAGACCUUUGACCGCUGGAACACCGGUAUGCGCAACGAAGCCCCCCAUCGACGGGUCGAGUAUCUUAAUGGAUUGGCCCACCUCCAACGAUGUAUGCGCGAACACUCCUGCCGGUAUGGUUUCAUCAUCACCGAGAUAGAACUUGUCUGCGUGCGAGCAGGGUGUGACGAAGGCGACGAUGUGCCUUACUUUGGCUUUCUGGAGGUCUCUCGUCCAAUUCCAACGAACCUCGCAGCAGGUUCUUAUGAAGAAGGCUCAAGAUCAUACUCUAGAGCCUACGCUCAUUCCCCGACGCCGUCCAGCGACAGCUCUUUGGCCAGUCAGUCUCCUGUCAUCGAUGAGUGGACUGAACCAAGCCCCCACGCACUCAACGUGCCCAUGACGGCGAGCUUGGCGCUGUAUUUCCUGCUAAUGCUUUCGAAAUCGGUGCCCUUGCCGUCGCAACCAUCAGCGCACCUCAAUGUUGGCGGACCCGGUGCAUUAACUCGGCAGCGUAUUUUACCGGAAGGGAAGGACAAAUGGAUCCCUGAACCACAGAUCGGGGAGCGGCGAGAUGCAAAGCGAGUGCGAGGAUGGGUUUGGCCACAAGAUGCCUGGCAUCGACGCGAGGGGGGCGGAGUCCCUCGUUCUCGAGCUAACGGCGUCGAAUCCAAGCCGAAAAAAUGGCACAAGUGA